AUGCGCGUGGAGCGCGACUCUCCGGCGCACUACGUGUCGGCGUUCAGCGGGCCGGCCAGCGAGCGCGCCCAGCAGCUGGCGCGCUACGGCUACGCCGCCAUGGAGGCCGCGGCCGAGCUGCUCGCCAACCGCAGUCUCCACACCCACAGAGGAUCACGUGGCUGGAGCCGGCCACCACAGCUAUGGCUGGUGUCUCUGCGCGGCACGGCGCUGCACGACGGCUGCCCCGCAGCUCGACUCCCACCCUGUCCAGCUCGCGCACACCUCGUCCGCACAGUUGACGGCCGCUGCAACAACCCUGCCCACCCCACAUGGGGCAGUGCACUACAGCCACUGCGCAGACUUCUGCCACCUGCGUAUGCAGACGGGCUGGAGAAAAUUCGGCAGUCAGUGAGUGGAGGUCCACUUCCAAGUGCAAGGCUGGUCAGCACUGCAGUCCAUUCGGACAGACAUGUCAACCUCUCAUCUAUUACACACAUGCUUAUGCAGUGGGGACAGUUUCUUGAUCAUGACCUCACAGCUUCUUCACAAACAAGAGGAUUCAAUGGAUCAGUUCCUAAAUGCUGUUCAGAUAGAGGGCACAGUUUUCUGCCUGAAAACCUUACACAUCCAGACUGUCUCCCAAUUGAAGUGCCACCAACAGAUUACUUCUACCAACGCUAUCAUGUGCAUUGUCUGGAAUUUGUGCGCAGCAGUGCUGUCCCUAAGGUAGACUGCUCACUGGGGGCUAGAGAUCAAAUAAAUCAAGUCACAUCAUUCCUUGAUGCUUCUAAUGUCUAUGGAAGUUCUGAAGAUGCUGCAUCAGCACUUAGACUUUAUCGUAAUGGAUUUCUGCGCUACACACGGAUGCAGUCACGUUUACCACUUCCACCACCUGCCACAGGGCACUCAUCCCCUGAACUGUGUCGUUACAAUUCUGGUGUUCGCUGCUUCAGUGCAGGAGAUCAUCGUGUUAAUGAGCAGCCAGGACUUAUUGCUAUGCAUACUCUAUGGCUGCGUGCACACAAUAAUCUGGCUACAAAGCUCAUUGGUAUAAAUCCACAUUGGGAUGAUGAGAGGAUUUAUCAAGAAGCACGAAAGAUUAUCAGUGCUAUGAUGCAGCAUAUAACAUAUAGAGAAUUUCUGCCUAUUGUGUUGGGACAAGAUGUGAUCAAACUUUUUGAGCUGAAUCUGACCCAGAAGGGGUACUACAAGGGUUACCAUAUAAAAGUGAACCCAACAGCACUGAAUGCAUUUGCCACAGCAGCUUUUCGUUUUGGUCACAGCCUGGUGCAGCCAAGUCUUCUUCGUUGUGACAGUAGACAUAGAUUAUUGCCUUUCAAUGCAUCACUACAUGAAGAACUUACGGUUCCAACAGAUAUUUAUAACACAGGAUCAGUGGACCAAUUAUUACUUGGUAUGUGUGUUCAACCUGCUCAGAAGAGGGAUGAAUACAUCACAGAACAACUUACAAAUCAUCUUUUCCAGACACCAUCUUAUCAUUAUGGAAUGGAUCUGGCAGCACUCAACAUACAAAGAGGUCGUGACCAUGGCAUUCCACCAUACAACAGCUGGAGAACUCGUUGUGGAUUACAGUCAUUCUCUGACUGGGACCAGCUUCUCAAAGUCAUGUCUCCUGAAACAGUGGUGAAACUUAGAAAGGUUUACAGUGAUACAGAUGAUAUAGACCUGUUUGCUGGUGGCAUGGCAGAGAAACCAGUUUAUGGUGGUCUAGUGGGGCCAACAUUUGCAUGCAUUAUUGCUCAACAGUUCAGUAAUUUGCGUAAAGGUGAUAGAUUUUGGUAUGAGAAUGGAGGAUUUGAUUCAUCACUCACACUGCCACAGCUGCAACAGAUACGGCAUGUAACGUUAGCUCGUGUUCUCUGUGAUAACCUUGAUACAAUUGAUACAGUGCAGCCUUUUGUCUUUCUGGCAGCUGAUAAUGAUCGGAAUAGACAUGUACCUUGCCAUAGUUGGCAUAUCCCCAAGUUGGAUCUCUCACCAUGGAGGGAGCAUAACAAGAAUGAUAAUUAUGCAGAAGAAGAAUACACUCUUGAACUUCCCAUCCGUCGACCUGAUGACAACUCAUACCUCAAACCUCCCAAGAACGGCAAUAAUUACUAUAGUACAGAAUUGGACAAGUAUAAUUCACCCAAUCAUACAGAGACACAAGGAUACACUCCUGCAAAUCAUUUAAAACCAGACAGCAUGCAAAGUCCAAGUUAUUCUACCACACAGGAAAAAUAUGGUUCUCCUACAGAUGAAGGAGAGAUCCUAUCAAAUUUUAACAAAAAACCUGAAGAACACUAUCAUCAGCCCAAUAUCAAGCCCAAUGAAGAGCCUUCAUUGCAUACACAAAGCCACAGAAAUCCUAUACAGGUAAUUCCUGUUUAUCACUAUACAACCACACACAGUAUUAACCCUGACGACAAAAUUUCAUCAGGUCACAUUCACCCUUCUCAUAUAUCCCUACUGAACACUGUAAACUCUGCUGGAGAUAGUAAUACUGAGAGAAAUGGGUUACCAUUCCCUGACUCUCAUCUUUCUGGCAAUUUCUAUGUAUCUUCAAAACUUGAUGAAGAGCUGUUCACUACUUCUAUGGCAUCUCAACAGAAAGAACACGUAUACAAUAAUACAAAACCAUUUAAAUAUUCCAUACUGCAUCACACAAUUUUAGAAGGAACUUCAAAAAUGGUUACUGGAAGCAAUUCAUUUCAAGAAUCCAAUUUAGAAAACUCUCAGUCAAGCCCUCUUAAAUUACACUUAUCUGCUACACAGACAGGCCAACGAUACAGUUCUAAAAAUAACAGUUUCUUUCCUCUAACAUCAGGUCCUGAAAAUCCAUACAUAGAAGAAGAUUCAUCCCUUCAUACGAAAGGAACUGAUUGUGGCCAAAACAGUGCUGCUGAUAUAGAAACUGAUCACAAAGAGACUAAUAAGAGUGAAGUACAGAACCGUAUUACACAUAAUUUAACUACGCAGAACAUCCCAUCUACAGAAAAAGAGACAGCCACUCUAGGAGAAGAUUCUACAAGAACCACACUUUUGACAUCUAAAGACCCCUUACUCAGCUUAGCAAGAAAGGAAACAGAACUUCCUAGCAGCAGGUUGGGGGAUCUUUGUCCAGAACAUCUGCAGCAGGAAUUUACUGGUGAGAUCCCACUACCAGCCAGUGAUCCACUGUCACUACAGGAGUUCCCUCAACCUUUGCAAGAAAAUUAUGAUAUGGUAGAGGAGGAUUCAAGUGCACAUGGAUCCUGAAAACAGAGCAUUUUCCUAAUUUUUACUAUCAUCAUGAAGUGAAAUUCACAACAUAUCUGUACAUAUCACUUGACUGAUCUCACAUUUUCAGAAAAAUAAACUGGAUCUUUGCAGAAAGAUGGAGUAAUAAGAGUACAGUAUGUA